UCCCAAACACUGUCAGACAGGGCACCCUCCAGCACUCACCUACAAUCAGCACAAACCUCACUUGUGCACCUUAGACACCUGGUUAUAACUCACCUAAGCAAUACUAGACAAACCUCACUUGUGCACCUUAGACACCUGGUUAUAACUCACCUAAGCAAUACUAGACAAACCUCACUUGUGCACCUUAGACACCUGGUUAUAACUCACCUAAGCAAUACUAAACAAACCUCACUUGUGCACCUUAGACACCUGGUUAUAACUCACCUAAGCAAUACUAGACAGCAAGGCUUUGUUAGCAUAUUGCAGCAUUUCAUAUUAGAUCACCUGGGCACCUGACAUUAAGCACUCAGCAGCUUAACUGUGCAUAUCGCCCACAGAUAGUGGUAGCUCACCAUUGUUUACAGUCAAACCUAUAUUUCAUACACAGUACACAGAGUUACCUUAGCAUCUGAUAUAGUUGAUCACAUAUUUACUGUUCAUCACCAGCAUAUAUAUGCACAUACAUACUCUGUAGCUUUCACCUGUAUCUCUCUUAAGCCAUAGCAGUCAACCUACAUACCAACAUGUCCUUCCAUAUGUCUUCAGGCUCCCAGGGUUCAUGGCGGAGCAGUUCAUCCAGCCUAUCUGGGGCUCCUGACUUUCGGCUGUCUCCUUCACGUCUUCAGUCUCUGCGCUCUGGGAUGGACCUGUCACUACCAGCUCUGCGUUCUGGGUUGGAGUCAACUUCACCUUCGUUACGCUCUGGUAUAGAGUCUAUGCUGCAGAAUAACCAUCAGGAGUCCAUGCAGGAGCUGAAUGAGCGCCUGGCUGGUUACCUGCAGAGGGUAAGGGGUCUUGAGGAAGAAAACCGUAAGCUUCAGGAGGAGAUUGAUGAGAUCACUACAAAGAAGACCCAAGUACAGAGAGACUGGGAGUCAUAUACAGAACCCCUUCAAGGCCUGCGCAAACAGGUAGAAGACUUGAACAUGGACAACGCUAAACUUCUCCUGCAGAUUGACAAUGCCAGACUGGCUGCUGAUGACUUCAAAGUCAAGUGUGAGGCAGAGCAGGCUAUCUGUGAUGGGGUGCAAAAGGACACUCAGGGCCUGCGUAAGAUGAUCGAUGACACCAAUUUCUUACGUAUGAAGCUGGAGUCAGAGGUGGAGACAUUAAAGGAAGAACUGUGCCAUCUUCACAAAAACCAUCAAGAAGAAGUCUCUGCCUUGCAAAAUCUUAUUGCAAAUAACAAUGUAAAAGUAGAAGUUGAUGCUCCUAAGAAACCAAAUCUGAAUGAGAGCAUCACUCAGAUCCGUAGUCAGUAUGAGAAAAUGGCUGAGCAAAACCGAGUAGAUGCAGAGAAUGCUUACAAGAGCAAGUUUGAUAACAUGUCCCAAGAGGUAAAUUCCACCAACAAAGCAAUGGAACAAUUAAAGAAUGAGGUGACUGAUCUCAGACGCCAGCUACAGGCUCUGGAGAUUGAGCGUCAGACCCUCCAGAAAACGGUUGAUUCUUUGGAACAUGCUCUAAAGGACACAGAGGACCACUAUGGAGGCAAUGUAAUGCAGCUGAACCAGUUACUAUCCCGACUGCAGGAGGAACUAGCUGCUUGCCGAUCUGACAUAGAGCGGCAAGUGAGAGACUACGAAGCCCUCCUGAAUCUGAAAACCAAACUGGAGAAAGAAAUUCAUGACUAUCGCUCCCUGCUGGAUGGAGUUGUAGACAAAGAUGAGGAUAAUGCCCAUGUGUCAGAGGGUAAGUGAAGAUUUGAUGAACAAGAUAGAAUGCACAAGAUCCAAAGACAAUUCAGAAGGUGAUGGUGACCCAGCAAGAGAUAGAGGAUGGAGACGUUAUAGCCUUAUUAUCAGAAGACCUUGUUAGAUAGAGUCGAAUACUUAUGCUUUCCUUUUAUUAAAUCACAUUUCAAUUUUGAUUAAACGAAGUUACAAAACAA